AUGUUUUCUGUCUGUGACAAAUUCAGUGAUGUUGUUGGGAGUCCCUACCAUGUCGCACCAGAGGUACUACAGAAAUGCUAUGGUCCAGAAGCUGAUGUGUGGAGCGCAGGGGUGAUCCUGUACAUUUUGCUUUGUGGUGUCCCCCCAUUUUGGGCAGAAACUGAAGCGGGAAUCUUCAGGCAGAUUCUGCGAGGUAAACUUGAUUUUGAAUCUGAACCCUGGCCAAGUAUCUCUGAUAGUGCUAAGGAUCUGGUCCGUAAUAUGCUUACUCGGGAUCCUAAGAAGAGAUUUAGUGCUCAUGAGGUUCUUUGUCACCCUUGGAUUGUUGAUGAUGCCGUGGCACCUGAUACGCCUAUUGAUUCUGCUGUUUUGUCAAGGCUGAAGCAUUUUUCGGCAAUGAACAAGCUCAAGAAGAUGGCAUUGAGGGUUAUUGCUGAAAGCCUGUCUGAGGAAGAGAUUGGAGGCCUCAAGGAGCUCUUUAAAAUGAUUGAUACAGACAAUAGUGGUACUAUAACAUUUGAUGAGCUGAAAGAUGGCUUGAAAAGGGUAGGCUCAGAAUUGACAGAGAAUGAAAUCCAGGCUCUAAUGGAAGCAGCUGAUAUUGACAACAGCGGAACCAUUGACUAUGGUGAAUUCAUUGCAGCUACGUUGCACAUGAAUAAGCUGGAGAGGGAGGAAAACUUGGUUUCAGCAUUCUCAUUUUCCGACAAAGAUGGAAGUGGCUUUAUAACCAUUGAUGAGCUGUCACAAGCAUGCCGUGAAUUUGGUCUUGAUGAUGUUCACCUUGAGGAUAUGAUUAAAGACGAUGGACAAAUCGACUACAGCGAGUUUACAGCAAUGAUGAGGAAGGGCAAUGCUGGUGCAGCAGGAAGGAGAACCAUGAGGAACAGCUUGCACUUGAAUCUUGGCGAGCUCCUGAACCCCAGCAAAACCUAG